AUGACACAUUCGGACCUUCCGAAUAUUGCGUAUCUUCAUGUAUUUGUGAUAGAUUCAGCGUCAGUAGAUGAGUAUCGCGCUUCUGUACGGCAUAAUGUUUCUGAAUGGUUUCGCGAAGAAUUUUUGCCCAGUACUGAGUUCCAGGUAAGCACCAAAAGUGAUGUUCAAUGGUUGAUCAUUAUUGAUUCAACUAGAGCCAAAGAGAAGAAAAACAGAACAGCUUUGAUGGAAAGGUUGAGGCAUGACUUCAGUAAGCAUACGUCAAGGUUAAUAGAAGUGUCAGAGUCAGUGGAGCAUGGCUCAUUCAUGGGACUGGUACAGGCGGUGCAAACCGCCUUGAUCGCUCACCUGGACAUUCUUACUGACACUUGGGAAGCAUCUCUUAUUAGUGCCAGAGACAAGUAUUCUGAAAUGAACUGGAGUUUGUCAACGUUUUGUUCGUCAACGAUGGAGUUCGCUCGAUUAUACUGGAGUCUUGGAGCGUUUGAACAAGCGCUGCAAAUAUACGAUGAUCUUGACGUUCACCUUUUUGAAAUAGUCAAUAAAAUAGGUGAUGUGGAAGCGAUCCGACAUUUUCUAUUGGCGCAGCAGAUACUACUAAGCCUCUCGCAGUACAACGAACGGCAUCGUUCACGAGGUGCUCCACCAUCGCUCAGGGUCGACUUUGCAGCGCUUGUGUUGAGAUACACGAAUCGAGUACUGAGUAUUGCUUUGGAACAGUCGAGGACUGCUUUGGUGAGUUCCAAGGAUUUCCAUGUUUCAAAAAGGCUUCCAGAGGUCAGAAUA